AUGUGUAUGUAAGAACUUUGAAUACAAUCAACCGAUUUACGCCUCGGCCAGCUGAUUCGUCCGUAAGUCUGGAGGCUUGCUCUUAUAUACGAAAUCCUUAUCAUUCUGCGAUUGAUGCAUUAUAAUACCGUUACUCGAGUGUUUCUGUAUAUAAGAUCAUUAUGUUCGCCGUGUUCUCUUCAAUACGACGUAGUUCCUCGGUUCGAGUAGUGUACGGCAGCUAAGUUCCGCAAAAAAAUGGCUCGUUACGAGGAAAAAUCGAAAACAUGGUACGGCCCGAUCCGUCCCAGCAUCCUAAAUCCGGAGGCCAAUUUCGGUCAAGUAAUUCUUCACCUGUUGGCCCGAGCACCGAGCAAAGUAAUUCAGAUCAAUGCCGACACCGGCCGGGAGAUAACGUGUGCGGAAAUGAGACAGCUAAUCGUUCGAGUGGCCUUGAACCUACCCAAGCAGGUGGACAACCUUCGGGUGGGCGAGCUGGUUUCAUUAGUUUGCUGCAACAGUGACAAUGUGGUUCCGGUGUUUGUUGGUUGCUUGACGAUUGGAUUGGCCGUGAAUCCGUUGGCGCCGGUAUUCAACAAGGAAGAUUUGGCACAUAUGAUGAAACAGAGUCAGUCGAGGAUCGUGUUUUGUGAUAUAGAAAAUCGGGCCGUUGUUCAAGAAGCCAUUAAACUGGCAGGUAUUCCUGGAGCUAAACUUUUUGUCAUGGGCAAGGCAAAUGGGAGUGCUAGGUCGGUUGAUGAUUUACUUGCACCAGUUGACGGAGAGAAUAGUUUUGAGCCGGAAUAUUUGGGUGAUUCGAAGAAGCUAACCGGUAUGGUACUUUGUUCUUCUGGUACCACAGGACUUCCGAAAGGGGUAUGCUUGUCACAUGCCCAUCUGCUCGAAGGAGAUGUAUUUACCGAUGAUCUGGCAGCUGGACCGAUUUUCAACUUUAGUCCACUCUUUUGGGCAACGGGAAUGUUCGCUAUGCUCACCUCUCUGUACUGUACCCGACCACGUGUCAUCACCACCAAAUCUUUCACCGAAGAAACUCUCAUCUCCAUUAUCGAAACGUACAAAAUAGAGGAUAUUUUUACGCCUCCUUCAUACAUUUCGGUACUGCAAAGUCAUCCCAAAUUCCCAACUGCGAACUUCGGUAGCAUCAAACGUUGGUCUAUGGGAGGAGCUAUGGUUUCGGAGGAAUUGCGUACUUGUUUGGGAUCUAGAUUUCCCAAAGGUAUCGCCAAACCAGUCUACGGGACAUCGGAAAUUGGUUUCAUAACAUCAGCAAAGGGCUCAUUUAUACCGGGAUCUGUUGGUACACUAGUUUCGAAUUUACAAAUGAAAAUUGUUGAUGAAGACGGUGUAAGGAAAGGACCCGGAGAACCCGGAGAAAUUCAUGCCAAGUACAAACAUAGAUUUCUGGGCUAUUUAAACAACGCAGAAGCAACGCGGGAAGCUUUCGACGAAGAUGGUUUCUUCAAAACCGGUGACAUUGGUUACUUCGACCGGGAUGGGUAUCUGUACGUCAUUGAUCGAAUCAAGGACAUUAUAAAGUACAAAAACUACCAAAUUUCACCCUCUGAAUUGGAAGCCAUCAUUGAGAAAAUCGAUGGAGUGAAGCAGGUGUGUGUCUGUGGUGUAACCGUGGCCGAUCAAUCGACAGAUCUACCAACGGCAAUGAUUGUUAGACAGCCGGGAUCUACUCUGACGGAGAAGCAAGUCAUCGCAAUCGUUGAUGGUCAGGUUAGCGAUCACAAAAAACUACGCGGAGGUGUUUAUUUCGUACAACACUUGCCAACGUCGGCUGCUGGAAAAAUUUUACGAAGGGCCGUCAAACAGUUGAUUUUAGAUAACCAAGUCAACAAAUGAUCGCAUAUUUUGUUCCAUACUCAACACUGUUUCAGUUAUAAAUUAAUGGAAUCAGACUACAGUAGAUUGGGUCUCGUUAAGAUGAUGUUCCUAAGUAGAACGAGCUUAGAGCAAUUUCGUUUUAAUCUUGUUUAUACUUCUGUUGUAGAUAAGAUUAGGUAUCUUAAGCUUUGAGAGAAAUACUUUAUUUUUUGGAGAUAUUGUUGUUCACAAUACAUUAUUGUUUUAAAAAUUUAUAAAAAAAAAUAAAUUUAUAAUUUUCAA